AUGGUCUCGCAGCCCGACUCCGCGUCCUCUCUCACCUUACGAGGCCCUUCCUCGGUCGUUUCGCGUCCCUCGCUCUCUCGCACGAAGCGAUACAACAGGUCACACGUUGGCGCCACCACCUACAUACCUCAGAACGAAUUCCCCAUCUUCAGCAACUCGGGCGAUGUCGAGGUGAUAGUUAAGGCUGGCAGCCACCACAACCGCUACCUACUGCAUCGCCACACUCUCACCCGAUGUUCGGGUUUCUUCGAGGCCAGCACGAGUCUUGAAUGGUCUAAGCCGGUCUCUGGUAGCGCCUCGGGUGAUCUUGCCCGCAUCAGCGACGAUACCUCUGUCGAUUCAUCAUCAAUCGCCCCGGCCUCAAGCCGGGUUCUCACCACGUCCAGUCCACGAAAGCGAUGGCGGUACGAGCUGGAUCCAGGAACGGGGGACGGGGAUAUUCCAAUGCUGGUUCAGACGGACGAGGAUCGCUCCAAAGGCUCCGGGAGCCAUUCUGGGUCCUUGUUCGGCCCAGGCAGUGCUGGCAGCGGCAACCAGCCGGCAUCUUUCACGCGAAGUAAAUCGUCAAAUCAUUCACAUUCUUCAUCGGCACACGCGAACCACAGCUUUUUUCGCUCGGUGGCCAACUUGAGCCUCGUGCCGAGCUCGAUGGCGGCGGCGACUACAAAUGCGACGACCCAGCCGCUCUCGCAGGCCGAUCAGGAUUUAUUACGAGACUACGACAACCUCUUCCGUAUCUUCUACAACUACCCUCCGGCCCUGGAUGGUGUGAACAUUGCGGAUGCUUACGUGCAAUGCAAGUCACUCAUCACCCUUGCGGACCUCUAUGAUGCACUCGCCGUGGUCGGGCCUAGAGUAGAUCACCACUUGCUCCAGUUUCAGUCGCGGCUCUGGAAACAGAUUGCCAAGUACCCGAUUUCAUACCUUCGCCUUGGCUAUCUUGCCCGUAGCAGGGUUAUUUUUCAGGAGGCUCUUAUUCAUGUCGUUGGUCAGUGGCCAGCAGGGGAGCGUAGCCUACGCGCUGCUCUUCCUGAUGUAGUUCUCGACAUUAUCGAGGAUAAGGUUGACGAGCUUGAGGAGGUUGUUAGCCGAGUCGAGGGCCGUCUCUUCCGGCUGAACUUGGUCACAGCCAGAGGCGAGCGUGUUACCCCAAGUACAUCCUACCUCGAUUGGCUUGCCGUUAGUCUGUUCCGCCAGUGGUUAGCAGACAACACCACCCCUCCACCUCCCGACAGGCGAAUACAAAACUCACGCGACGGCCGUAACGGCAAUCUGCAGCAACUCACCCUCCCUACCGGUGUGCCGCCUUUGGCGACGGUCGGCCGCACAUAUCGUACUCUUGGUACUUCCUCGUCGGCGUACCUUGGCCAUGACGAGUGCAAACGAUUUCUGAAGUUGACACCCGAGCUAUACAGCCGCGACAAUCUACGCCGGUUUGAAAAACGCAUAGACGAGCUCAAGUCAAUGGCCCGCGAUAUUGUGCGGCCGCUUAUGGGAAGCGGUCUGGAGCUGGACAUCAGCAGUGGUAGAACGGCUGAUGGAAUCGGCUACCUCACAUGUGUGACAGUGGGGGAUCGCGACCUCCCCUGGCAUGUUGAGCAUUGA